AUGUCAGAUGGCUCCCGCAAAACCGUCUCCAAGUCCACUUUCCAUUUCGUGGCGGGCCUCGGCUCAGGCGUCUUCUCCGCCGUCCUCCUGCAGCCCAUCGACCUCCUCAAGACCCGCGUCCAGCAGUCGGGCCACCACUCGCUGACGGCCGCCGUCGCCGACAUCCUCCGGCAGGCGGCAGCCGCCCGAAACCAGACCACCGGCCGCGGGCCCCUCCCCCUCGCCCCGUCCGUCGCGGCCCUCUGGCGCGGCACCGUGCCGUCGGCCCUUCGCACCGGCUUCGGGUCCGCCGUCUACUUCACCAGCCUCAACGCGAUCCGGCAGAACGCCGCGCUCGUACCCUUCCUCGCCGCCGCCCCGGAAACCUCGCCGACGAUUCUCCCCACCGGCCCCGGCAAUAGCAGCAGCAGCAGUAGAGGAGGAGGAGGCCACUCAUCCUCCCUCCCCAAGCUCUCCAACACGGGCAACCUCCUGGCGGGCGCGGCGGCCCGCGCCUUCGCCGGCUUCCUGCUCAUGCCCCUGACCGUCAUCAAGGUGCGGUACGAGUCCAGCCUGUACGCCUACGACUCCCUCGCCGGCGCCGCGCGGGACAUACACCGCGGCGACGGGGUCCGGGGCUUCUUCGCCGGGUUCGGGGCCACGGCCGUGCGGGACGCCCCCUACGCGGGGCUGUACGUCCUCUUCUACGAGCAGAGCAAGAGGCGCCUGAGCAGGCUGUACGGAGGGGGAGGGGACGACACGGAGGGGGCGGGGGCGGGGGGGCAGGGCGGGAAGAUGGGCGUGUCGAGGGCGGCGACGAUCAACUUUGCGUCGGGCAGCCUCGCCGCCGUGGUGUGCUCGGUGGUGUCGAACCCGUUCGACGCCAUCAAGACGCGCAUCCAGCUGCAGCCGGGCCAGUACCGGAACAUGGUCCACGCGGCGAAGAGGAUGCUCGCCGAGGAAGGGUUCCGAUCCCUGUGGGACGGCCUGGCGCUGCGCAUGACGAGGAAGGCGCUCAGCUCGGCCCUGGCGUGGACUGUCUACGAGGAGCUCAUACGGCGGGCCGAGUUUACAUGGGGCAGGGGCGCCAAGAGGAGUGACGUGCUUUGA